AUGGCUUCUAAUCCCCCAGGUAAAUGUUGUUUCCAAGGUUUCAAACAUGAGGGCAAACCUAUUGGUGAAACCAAAGAAUUAUACGGUGUCAACACCUAUAUUACAGGUCAAAGCUCCAGUUCCGAUAAAGUAAUCGUUAUUGCUUCAGAUGUCUAUGGUUUGAAGUUGGUUAACACCAAAUUGGUUGCUGAUAAAUUUGCUAACGCUGGUUAUAAAGUUUACAUCCCAGAUAUUUUAUUCGAUGAUGCUAUCGAUGUCGACGUAAAUGUACAAGAUGGUUCUUUCGACCUUCAAAGUUGGUUACCAAGACAUACUCCUGAAGCCACAAGAGCUAUAUUUGAAAAAUUCUUGAAAGGUUUAACUGCUGAACAUUCUCCAAAGUUUUUAGGUUUGAUCGGUUAUUGUUUUGGUGCAAAAUUUGCUGUUCAACAAAUUAACAAAACAAAUGGUAUUGCAAAUGCUAUUGCUAUUGCACACCCUUCAUUUGUCUCCAUUGAAGAAGUUAACGAUAUUGAUGUUAAUAAACCAAUCUUAAUCUCUGCUGCUGAGAAUGAUGAAAUUUUCAAUGAAGAAGGCAGGCAUUUAACUGAAGCCAAAUUGAAGGAAAAUGGUAAUAUUUACCAACUAGAUCUAUUUAGUAAAACUUACCAUGGUUACGCUGUUAGAGGUGAUAUUAAAGUCCCUGCAAUUAAAUAUGCCAUUGAAAAAACUUUCUUAGAUCAAUUGUAUUGGUUCAACUACCAUUCUGAAAAAUAA